AUGGACAGAUCACGGAAGCCCCAGCCUACCGGUUUCCCGGCUUACGACCAGAAGUGGGAGAAUGCUGGAGAACCUCACAUUCGUGUGAUAAAGGAGGACCGACCAGCUGCCUUAACGGCCGAGGACCUGACGGCACGUGUUGCUCAGCAGUUUGUCAACACCUUGCGAAAAGCGGAGGCCAAGGUGACGAAAAUCACCAAAGAGCAGCAGGAACGAGCGCAGCAAUUCUCAGAAUACGAGAAGAAGCUGAUGGACUCCUACUCCGCGGAGAAGCAGCGACACCAGGACCACCUGGACAGGCUUGCCCGGGAGUUGGUCGAAGCCAAGCAGCUCCUGGCAGACUCCAAGCAAGCUGCGGCCCGCACGAUUUCAUCGGUGGCAGGCACGGGCCCCCAAGCUAUGGAGCUACAACAGGGUGCCAAUACUGCCAGCGAGGAUUGGCAAAAACUACUCCAGCGACAUGCAGCCCCACCGGAGGAACCGGAAGUGGACCAGGAGGCGCUGGCUUUUCUGCGGGCCUACAAGGCUGGUUGGAUCCCACCUCUCCCUGGUCAUGCACCAGAUUUUGGAAGUUCGCGCGGUCUAGAGGGCACAGGGGUGCCGCCUACUCAGAUGGGUCCUCCACCACAGAUGCCUACACCACCGCCGCCUUCGAUGACUACAGCUGGAACAACCGGGUCCCAGCAAGAGGCGGGACCGGUUUUGACUACUUAUGGUGCGGCUUCCCCCUCCUCGGCGAAUCUUCGCCCCACUCCCUAUCCUUCGACAUCUCCGGCACCGGCGAAGACGGCACAGACCGAGGCGGACGAACUCCAGUAUGCACGCAGCCCGGAGUCCAGACACGCGUCCGAGAACGCGCAGAUGCCUACUGCUAUGUCAACCGUGCCACACGACGCUGUGCGCACGAAGGUGCGAGAGGGUGUCAAGGAGUUCACCAAGCAGCCCCCAGCCACGUUGCCGACGCAAGGGCCCUCUUUGCAACAAAAGCUCGAGCAGCGCCGUGCAGCCGAGCAGGUUGGCACAGCUAUGCGGCCCUUUCGGCAGAAACCUCAGGAGGAAGGCCAAAGCCUUGGCCACCUUGCCUCCGGCGAUUCUGGACAGGCAGAUUCGAACGGGAAACCGCCUACUUUUGUCGACGACGAUCCCGACCAGCGAGCUCAUUCUCCCGGUUUUGCAGGAAUGGAGUGA